AUGUUUAAAAACAAUGUGUUUGUUUCUGUUGCAGACGACCACAGCCUCGUACAAGAGAUCUGGGCUGGUGAGUGUCCCCCAAGCACCCUCACCCGAGCACCCUCACCCAAGCACCCUCACCCAAGCACCCUCACCCAAGCACCCUCACAGCAGCACCCUCACAGCAGCACCCUCACAGCAGCACCCGCACAGCAGCACCCUCACAGCAGCACCCUCACAGCAGCACCCUCACAGCAGCACCCUCACAGCAGCACCCGCACAGCAGCACCCUCACAGCAGCACCCUCACAGCAGCACCCUCACAGCAGCACCCUCACAGCAGCCCAGCACCCACAGCAGCACCCUCACAGCAGCACCCUCACAGCAGCACCCUCACAGCAGCACCCUCACAGCAGCACCCUCACAGCAGCACCCUCACAGCAGCACCCUCACAGCAGCACCCUGA